CGGAGCAAUACCGCCAAGAUGGUGAACGUACCAAAGACUCGCCGCACCUACUGCAAGGGCAGAGACUGCAAGAAGCAUACCCAGCACAAGGUCACUCAAUACAAGGCCGGCAAGGCUUCCCUUUUCGCUCAGGGUAAGCGUCGUUACGACCGCAAGCAGUCCGGUUACGGUGGUCAAACCAAGCCUGUGUUCCACAAGAAGGCCAAGACCACCAAGAAGGUCGUUCUCCGAUUAGAGUGCACACAAUGCAAGACCAAGGCACAGCUUGCGCUCAAGCGCUGCAAGCACUUCGAGUUGGGUGGUGACAAGAAGACUAAGGGUGCUGCGCUCGUCUUCUAAGCAUUCUGGUCUUUCUCAUUACGGCGUAUCGAGGCUACGGAAAUUGGGGCGAGUGACUAGGCCUGUAGAGCUAGGUCUCGAUGGAGCAGCUUGCACGGAGAAUCAAUGCAUUGAAGACUUGCGCAAAGAACAUGACAUCGAAAUACCCUGCCUCACUGUCAAUCCGACAUGCCACAUACUGAUUGCUUGGUACCUUUUCCAGACUUCGCACCAGAUGCACAGCUAUGCGAUGAGCGAGGCAUGCAGCGUGAAGAAGGAACAGCAUGCUGCGCGCGGUGAUGCUCAUAGCAUAGCAGGAGAUCAACAACGAUAUUCCAGCCACUUCAACGUG